AUGGCGAAGGAAAUGCUAUCUCCUGGAGCAUCCUUUCACAAGCAGUUCAUGGCAAAUUUUGAGGAGAUGGACAUCCCUACACUAGUUUCCGCCCUCGUGGGAUUUCUGGUGAUCAUGAUCUCCUCUGUAUUUUACUUCUCUCGAAAACAAAAGGAGGAGCUGGAGAAACAACGAUUAGAGGAAGAAAGAGAAGAAGAAGAAGCAGGUGGUGGACAAAAACUGGAAUUGGCGAAGAAGGUCACUAAAAACAAGAAAAACGAACAAUGGAAGGCAAAGGCGAAGGAUGUUUCAUAUGAGCACAAAUGGUCCGUCACAACUCUCAAAGGCCACACAACUGACAUCACAGGCAUGGAUUUCGCACAAGACGGGAAGAAACUUGUCAGUGUCUCCACCGAUAGGGCCGCGUUUCUGUGGGAUGUGCGAGAUUUUGAGGAAAAGGAACACAAGAGUGUUCGACAGAUUCUGGACUUUGAUACUGCUACGAAAGUGUCCUUCUCCCCUGACUGCAAGAGUAUGAUCUUUGCCAUGAAGCGCUCUAACAGGUUGGCAGUUUUCAAACUGAUGAAAAAAGAAGCUGGUGGUGCAUACAAAUUCGUUCAUGUUGAAAAUGUAUCGUUUCCCACUGUUCAUGCUUUAGAUAUUUCGCAUUGCGGAAUUUCUUCAACAGGGAAGUUCUUAAUGUCGGCUUCUCCUGAUAUGAAAGUUGUACUGUACGAUAUCCAUGGAAACAUCCUGAAAGUUUUAGAACCGAAGCUGAGUUCUCUCUUUGAUGCUGCGCUGUCUCCUGAUGGUCGAUUUGUUGCUACAUGUGGUUUUACACCGGACGUGUUCGUAUAUGAGGUGCUUUUCAAUCGUGAAGGUGUAUUCCAAGAUGCAAAGAAGGCAUUCAAUUUAAAGGGGCAUGAUUCUGGUGUGUUCUGUGUGGCGUUCAACUCUGAUUCAUCUCGUGCUAUCACUGUGUCUCGUGAUGGCUGCUGGAGGGUAUUCGAUACAGAUAUUCGCUAUCAAGCAGGCCAGGAGGCUCAAGUCCUCAAUAAAGGUGUAUGGACCCUGCUGAAAGGAGCUAGUUCUGAUCGUGUUCGUCUAGCAGUAAGUCCUUCCGGUGGAAGUUUUGCUGUCGCUUGCGGAUCCACCCUUAAAGUGUUUAGCAGUGAGGAUGGAAAUGAACACUUUCCGGAAUUGCCUGAAGUUCAUGCCGACCAACGUAUUCAUGUCAUUAGAUAUUCACCUUGCGGCCGUCUUAUCGCCACCUGCGGAGAUAGGUACAUUCGAAUAUUCCGAAAUAUUCCUGAAUAUCAUAGUCAGGUGGUUCGACUGGGAAAGAGCCUGAAAGAUGUAGCUGGAGAUGCCCCAAGGAGGCGGAUACAAGAGCAAAUAGAAGAGGCGACGAAAGUUUUGGAGUUAUACUCAGUCUGA